UGGUUUUUGUCUGACCCCUCUUGAGCGAGUCAGACAGACCAGUGCAAACACUGAACCAGUCUGGAGCAGGGCGAGGAGCAGGGCAGGAAUCCUUUUCAUGUCGGCCAGCAGACGUCCCACAUCCACACGUCUUAAUGGCUUUUUAUGGCAGCUUGGAAUCUUUAUGGCUCCUUCUGACUCAAUGGGAUUCGCUGUAGAGACAGAGGGGUCUUCGGAGGGAGGGACAGCCACAAUACAUUGCAGAUGCUAAAGGUUUUAAACACAAGGAGAAGAGACAUUGUCUUGGUUCUGGGGGAGAUUUUAACCUUUGGAUUUCUGGGUUUAAUUUGGAAUAUAUCUUUUUUUUUUUGAUAAUCUGGAUUACCUUUCUGCUUCAUUUUGAGCUGUCACUAUGUUCAGACUUUACAGGGAGUUGGACAAUGCUCAGAGUUUUUGUAAACCUGGAUGUUUUUGCCAGAAUUUCAGCAUAAACCGUGUGGAAGCCAGUGUAAAGAUCUGAGAGCUGGAGUGAUGUGAUCCACUUUCUUGGUCUUAGUGGACAAAAGUGGAAUGAUUGUUUUUACAUUGUGUGUGUAGGUCAAAGCCCGUCUUACUUCACCUCCUCUGCAGCAGCACGUUUAUCUCUUGUCAUCAUGGGUCGAACCCCGCACAGAGAUCAAAAAGAGGAGAAGGAGAGACGAAGCAGCAUCACGGCAGGCUCUCCCCUCGACAAGUCGAAUGAACCGUUCAGUUGGGAAGACUAUCUGAGAGAAACGUCCUCUAUUGCAGCAUCGCCCACUUGCUUCAAACAGUCCAGAGUCCCCCCCACCAAUGACUUUAAAGCUGGUAUGAAACUUGAGGCACGGGACCCUCGCAACUCUAACUCUGUGUGCAUUGCAACGGUGAUGGGCAUGAUGGGUACUCGUCUACGCCUGCGUCUGGAUGGUAGCGACAACACCAACGACUUCUGGAGACUGGUCGACUCGUUAGACAUCCAACCAAUAGGAACCUGCGAGAGGAACGGAGACAUGCUGCAGCCACCACUGGGUUUCAGGAUGAACGCCUCCUCGUGGCCCAUGUUCCUCCUGCGGACGCUGAGCGGGGCGGAGAUGGCUCCUGCCUCUGCUUUUAAAAAGGAACCAGCCAGCCCCGCUAAAAACUACUUUCAGCCUGGUAUGAAACUGGAGGCAGUGGACAGGAAGAACCCUUACCUGAUUUGUCCCGCCACAGUGGGAGAGGUCAGAGGACAGGAAAUAUUCGUCAUGUUUGACGGCUGGCGAGGCGCCUUCGACUAUUGGUGCCCCUUCGACUCCAGAGACAUCUUCCCUGUCGGCUGGUGUGCCCUGACAAAACACAGCUUACAGCCACCUGGAAACUUCUUUACCCUUCCCGGUGCUCUCCUCGCUCCUGUUUCUUCCACCUCAGCCUCCCUCACUACACGUCGCUCUUCUUCCAACUCCUCCUCCUCCAUGCAGACCUCAUACCGACUGCCCAACCCCUUGCCACCCCUCCCCGUGCGUAAGGGUGUCCGAGGUCGUCGUCCAAAAUCCCAGACUAUUGCUUUGCUGAAGGCAGCGGCUGAGGCUGCAGCAGCAGCAGCGGUAAAUGGAGCAUCACAGAGCCCCGCUAGAACAGGCUCUGAGACUCAACUGGCCCCCAGACCACACAAGAAGAGAGGGCCCAAGCCUAAGAACAAGAAGAAGCCUCGGGUGGUGCAAUCCCUUGGGGCACCUUCGGUUACAGCUCCGCCUCCAGAGACCAGACUGAGUUCCAGCCAUGUCUCAGCGGACAACAACCAUAGCAACGGUUCAAAUGUGGUUUGCACAGUGUGCGUCUAUGUAAACAAGCACGGUGACUAUGGCCCACAUCUUGACCGAAAACUGGUGCAGCAGCUCCCGGACCACUUCGGUCCAGCUCCAGUCAACGCAGUGCUUCAGCAGGCGGUUCAGGCCUGUGUGGACUGCACGUACCAGCCCUCUGUGCUGCUGUCGUUCCUACAGAGCCAGUCCCACACAGGAGGAGAGGUCAUCAGAGUGCGGUCAGAGCAUGGUAUCCGCUACGUGAAGCUGCCCUCCGCCUCCAGUACGUCUUCUGUGCUGCGGUUUCUGGAGAACAUGUGCCAACAUCUGGAGAGUGACAGUCUGUUCAGCUCGCAGCCAUUCAGCCCCUUCAACAACAACACACGCUUCUACAACAGGACCAAGUCAGAACCACUGUCUCACACUGAGAACGGCGUGCCCAAUGACGAUUCGUCAAAGGAACCCGCUACCAGCAACCGUUCCCUUCACACCACAUUAGACUACAGGACGACAGCAAAGAAGGAGCGGCAAUAUUACCCCGGACAGACGCACACGGCUUCACCACUACGGCGCGUCAGCUCCAACCCAGCUGAAGUUGGCCCAGUGUGUGCGCACAGACGAGUGGAGGCAGCUAGCUCAACAACAGGCCCAGAUCAUGUGAAACAAGACAAAGAGGGUUCAGGGAAUGACGCUUCUUCCUGGUCGGUCGAUGAUGUCAUACGGUUUGUCCAAGAGGCGGAUCCCCAAACUCUUGGCCCGCACAUCGAGCUGUUCAGGAAACACGAGAUUGAUGGCAAAGCUCUGAUGCUGCUGCGCAGUGAUAUCAUUAUGAAGUACAUGGGACUGAAACUGGGCCCUGCGCUUAAACUGUGUCACCACAUCGAGAAGCUGAAGCAGACCAAACAAUAAGAGGAUGAAGGCGCUCUCUCUUUUUACUCACUGGCAACCAAACACGCAUUAUUCUACAGGGAUGUAGUGCAGUGCAAAUCCACCUGAACCAGGGUUGUUUCUACUAUUUAGGGCGCUAAGGUCAAGUCCUCUGCCUGUGGAGUGCGAACUUACACAUGAUGGUCAUUUUAGGAACUGAUUCCAGUAUUUUUUUAGAAUCAAGAUGUUUAAAUUUGACUACUUUUUGGACAAUAUAUUUUAAAAAAUCAAUAGUAUUUAAUUCUGGGCAGUGUACAGAAGGAACAGGAUUUAGACAUCGUGCUGGAAAAUAAAAGUGUAAUUGAAAAGCUAACUGAAUAAAAAGUGAUCAUCAUUAAUGUCAAUAAUCAAUAAUUUUUUGGAGUGUGCAUUGAGGGACUUAUGACCUCAGUAUUUCUAAAAUCCUGGCCAUGACCCUGGUCUGACAUCACGUCUGUUAUUUAAUUUGCAGAUUAUAUUUUAGUUUCACAUUACAACAGAUACACUGUACAUGAAUUUAUCAUUGGCAUAAGUGUAGUUACUAUCAGAUAUGAGUGUAGGCAUAUUUUCUGUUCACGUUAGUGUCUUUUUGCCUUAUUAUGAAAAACUGGAGUCCAUAAUUUAACAAAUGUUUAAUUAUACUCUACACUUAGACACACAGACACAGAGACAUACAAUGUAAAUUUUUCAGCUUUAUCUCUUCGGAUAUCUGGUUGUUGAAGUAUGUUUUCCCUGGUCAGUGUUUCAGGAAUGGACGCUCUGCACUCAAGAUUGGGAAAGUUAGUUCAGGUAGUGGCAGUGAACGUCUCACUGCAUCAUUUCUAACAAUGCAAUAAAGAUUCUGAAUGACUGAAAGACUGAAAAUGAUUGAAGUCAAACUGAGUUUAUGCAAGCCAGUGAAUGUAUGAAGUCAUGAGCAUUAUUACUAGCAGGUACUAAACAACAGUGAGAGUGCCCCAGUUACAUGUACGAGAAGUGUUGAAGGGUUUCGUUCCAAAAUCUUGUUUCUUGUAGUCAAUCAUUACACGAAUGAUUCCUGUCCUCAAACACUGAAGUAUUUUUUUGUCAGAUAUCAUGAAUUAACUUUUGCAGAUCGGGCAUCAUUAUUAUUUAAAUGGUAGAUAUUUUAUUUUGGAAGAAAACCUUUCACCAGUUGUGAUUCUGCAGGGCAGGCUGUAGACGUAGAAAAAUCAGUUAGUGAAGAGUUAUUUCUCUUUUAUUUGUGUCUGUUUUGUGUGCUGGAAGGCAUUCAAGCUGUAUUAUUAGAGCUUGAGCCCUGACGUAGCUACAUGAUUGUACUAUGCUUUGACAGUCACACUUUCACACACACACUCGCGCACACAGGAGAUACGGACACAAUGACUGGAAUACUGUAAGUGUUGACAUUAAAAUAAAGAGAAGGCCAUUAACUGUCUAGUUUGAGUGCUGUACAGGACGUGAAGGUACUCCAUGGAGCGUACAUGAUGGAGAAACUGUUGUAUAAAGUCAAACCAAAAGGUUUUUUGAUAUCAUUUUGUACUGUAUCAAAAAGUGUAUCAAUCUGUAUCAAGCGUAAGUGUAAUCAAAUUUUUCUCUGCCUGAAAUUGUUUUUGUGUGCACCGUCAAAUAACUACCUACAGGACGAUGUUGUGUCUGAGUAAUUAUUCACAUGCUCAAAAGUAUUUAUCUGUUAUCAACGGCAGAAAUACAGAUUUUCUGAACAUUUCAGAAGCAUUUUCAAACCAAAUCAUGUGUGUUGUAGCUGCAUUUCACAGUGUUGCUCUCCUGUAGUGGUAACAAGUUGAUACUUGAAGCCGUUUUGCUUUAAUGUGAAACUCAGGUUUUAGUAGGGGUUGUUUCUUAGAAGAUGUUUUACAUCAUUAGCAUUUUGUGUUCAUUACUACAACAUAGAGGGACUGCACAAUAACCAACUAUGUAUAUUUUUAUGCCUUGUCAUCUAUCGCUCUGCGGCAUUUCGUGUGUGUGUGUAUAUAUAUAUAUAUAUAUACGACUUUUUACUGUACGUUCAACAAAAGAUGUUUGUUAAAUAUGUUUGAUAUGCAUUCUCACAAUUAAACAUUUGUUUACAUCA